AUGAGCCGAGUUGCCUCCUCCGAGGCCACCUUCACCCUUGUCACCACUCCCUCCCUCGCUCCCUCCCUCCCUGUGGAGAAGAUGGAGCCGGUGACUGUCGCGCCCCGUGAGAACGGGGACUGGCGGGGGGGAGGGGGGGGGCCGCUAGGCUCAGGCCUGUCGGAAUCCCAGCGUCGGGCCGAGCUGAGGCGGAGGAAGCUGCUCAUGAACUCAGAACAGCGCAUCAAUCAGAUCAUGGGCUUUCACAGGCCCGGGAGCGAGGAAGAAGAAAGUCAAAUUAAUUCAAGGCAGCAGGAGAGUGAUAAACUGAAUUCCCUCACCAUUCCUUCAGUUUCAAAGCGAAUAGUGCUGGGUGAUUCUGUCUGUUCAGGAACCAUUGACCAGCAGAGUGUGGCUGAGGGGAAGGGAACUCAGCUGGGAGACAAACUGGACUCUUUCAUGAAGCCCUCUGAAUGCAGUAGUGAUGCCAGCCUGGAUCUUCGGCAACGGAACAGAGGGGACCUGUCAACUGAUACUGUCCAAAGGGGUUCUCGCCAUGGCCUAGAACAGUACCUCUCCCGAUUUGAAGAAGCAAUGAAGCUAAGGAAACAGCUGAUUAGUGAAAAACCCAAUCAAGAGGAUGGAAAUACAGCAGAAGAAUUUGACUCUUUUCGAAUAUUUAGAUUGGUGGGAUGCGCCCUUCUUGCCUUUGGAGUCAGAGCUUUUGUUUGCAAAUACUUGUCCAUAUUCGCUCCAUUUCUUACUUUACAACUUGCAUACAUGGGACUAUACAAAUAUUUUCCUAAGGGUGAAAAGAAGAUAAAGACAACAGUACUAACAGCUGCACUUUUGUUAUCUGGAAUUCCUGCUGAAGUGAUAAAUCGAUCAAUGGAUACCUACAGCAAAAUGGGCGAAGUCUUCACAGACCUCUGUGUCUACUUUUUCACUUUUAUCUUUUGUCAUGAACUGCUUGAUUAUUGGGGUUCUGAAGUACCAUGAACCUGUAGAAUCAGGAUAGUCUUACAAAAAGAAAGUUUCUCUUCCAUAUCGAAAUAUCUUGAAAGGAUACAAAUUGGUUUACACCUUUAUGUAAUACUCUACUAUAUAGGAGUUGUAAAACUACUUGGUUAAGAAUGAGACUGCAGGUUCCCUGAUUUAAAAGGGCUGAGUAUGUAUUAGUAACUAAUAUGAAGAAUAGAAUAUCAGUGUCAUUAAUUGAUGUUUUUGUUUAAUUGUAAUAGAAUUGCUAGUCUGUACCUCUUCCUAACUUCUCAGAUUCGUAAUUGCUCUUCUUAGGAGCUGAGCUAGUGCUUUUAGGAAAGCAAAUUAAUGUGUUUUUUGCCAGCUUCAAGGGCUGCAUCUUGUAUUUGUAUUCUGUCCUGAGAAAUGGAGUCAUCAUAAAAAUAAAAUGAAAGAACCUGAAA